CGCAUUAGCUACUUCAACAAAAUGAUCUCAAAUUUUAAUAUAGUGUUUUGCGUUUUAUGUGGUUUAUGCGCUUCAGGUUUUGUGCCUACGGUAUACAGUACAUACAUGUUGUCCAUAGAAGCGCUGAAUUGGACAGAUGCUAAAGAAGCCUGUAAUGAGGCUGGUUUGGAGUUGGCUAGUGUUAUAUCCAAUGAAGAGAGAGAUAAUAUUGAAAAAUUUUUAGUGGAGAACAAUCAAAAGCCAGUAGAUAAAUGGUCUGGAUAUUGGCUAGACGGAAUAAGAUACCCUAACGGAACAUUCUACUGGGACACAACAGGAACCGAAGUGGGCGAUGGCGUUGAAAACGGUUUUGUGCUGGGUGAACCCAGCAAUGCUUAUCAAAAAGAACACUGUAUCGAACUGAAAUGGGAUGAUGUCAAUUUAGGCUGGAACGAUUAUUUUUGUGCCGAGAAAAAACGGUACCUGUGCCAAAAUCCAAGAAAAGAAGGUCCUAAAAGCGAAGGAUUGGACGAUUAUAGCUUUUUAGAUGUUCGGAACCCAGAAAAUUUGUCUGAUCAUUUUAGAGAUCCGUUUCCUAGAAGAAUUUAUUUUCCUAGAUUAUAGUAAUUUGCCGUCAUAAAAACACAAAAACGCUCAUGCCAAUGUUAAACAAUUUUAAUAUAAGAUAGACAUUUUAAUAAUUGUUAUUAUAAAAUGAU